AUGCCUCCCCACAACGAUGUAGAGGCCUUUCAUGAGGUCCUUCGUUCUAGCCGCCGCAUUCUGGCUCUGUGCGGCGCAGGCCUGAGUGCGUCUUCAGGACUGCCGACCUUCCGAGGAGCUGGCGGUCUUUGGAGGAUGCAUGAAGCUACGAAACUAGCAACGAUGAGGGCUUUCAUGACAGAUCCAGGUCUUGUAUGGUUGUUUUAUGGUUAUCGACGACAUCUAGCCUUGACAUCCAAGCCAAACCCGGGCCACCGAGCUCUGGCAGCUUUGGCCAAUAAGAACCCGGACUUCUUGUGCUUGACGCAGAAUGUUGAUGACUUGUCUCAGCGAGCAAAUCAUCCAUCAAGUCAACUCUGCACUCUGCACGGUUCUUUGUUUGACGUCAAAUGCACGACGAAAGGCUGUGGAUGGAUCCAGCGGGGGAAUUUCGAUGAUCCCUUUUGUCCAGCACUGGCACCAGCCUCCGAGGACCCGCCUCCGGGAGAGCCACUUCCUCUUUUAGAUCCAUAUCAUCGAAUAAAGCACGUCUCUGAUGAGGAACUACCCAAAUGUCCACAGUGCCAGACGGGUAUUCAGCGACCUGGCGUAGUUUGGUUUGGCGAGAAGCUCGAUGAGGAUAUGAUUGAACAUAUCAAUGAGUGGAUCACCAAAGACAAAAUUGCCGGCUACUUUUCUACUUUUGGUCGGGGCAAGUCGGCUUACAUGGAUUUGCAGGAUUUGAUGCUUGUUGUAGGUACCUCUGCGCAAGUGUAUCCCGCAGCCGGAUAUAUCUCAAGAGCAAAACUACAUGGGGCUCGUAUUGUUACCGUGAACCCUGAGGCCGAGGAUGAGACCGAACUGUACAAGAUACAACCAGGAGACUUUGCCUUCGGUCAAGACGCUGCUGAGUAUCUCCCGAAAUUGCUCGAACCGGUGAUUGGAAAAUUGCAAGAAAACGGAGAGUUUGAAAACUGA